CCCUCCCAUCUCCCAGUCCGCGACCUCUCCCUUUCAACACCCACCUACCGAUACGAUCAGAUACCCCGUAGCCAAGCUAUGAGUCGAGGAGGUAAACUUGCACCCGAGGUCAAUCGAGCUUUGUUCGUCAAGAAUCUAAGCUACAACGUCACACCAGAGGAACUUUUCGACCUCUUUGGCAAGUUCGGUCCUAUCCGGCAAGUCCGCCAGGGUAUCGCCAACAACACGAAGGGGACGGCAUUCGUUGUCUAUGAGGACGUAAUGGACGCCAAGCAGGCGUGCGACAAGCUGAACGGCUUCAACUUCCAAAAUCGGUAUCUUGUUGUGCUGUAUCAUCAACCAGAGAAGAUGGCCCGAUCGAAAGAGGACCUAGAAGCCCGCAAGGAGAAUUUAGAGCAGCUCAAAAAGCAACACGGCAUCGAAUAACAAAUAGACGGACCUGCGAUUUGCAUCUGCCCACCUGACGCUCCUCUCGAAACAGCGGUCGUGGGUCCGUAUACACACAUGUCCGGCAGGCGUAAGGACAGUUCUCGUCCGCUUUCCGGCGAUAACAAGGGACAUUAUACACAGGAGAAUGGGCGUCAUACUUCACCUCCCUUUGCGAAGGAGGAUUCGAAUACUUUUAUUGGUUUCCUGCGUGGCUUGAUUCCUACUUCGAGGCGUUGAUGGAUUUUCUUCUGGCUCGACGACUGGGGGUUGGGCGGAACAGGACUCUUUACAUAGUUGUCCAUCGGCUAU